ACCGGAAUUACACGUUACGAAUUGUCAUUCGUUCGUAUGAAACCACGUUUUACACAAUAUCUUGCGAGAUUAGAAGAUGUACAUCAAUGUGUACGUUACACGCGUCACCUGUGUGUUGUUGAGAGUUUUAAAUAUAUUAUUGUAGAAAAGUAUAACUAAAAGAUUAUUGUAAUUUGAUUAAUAUGAACUUGACGUACAAGAUGAGAACUUUGCUGCUCUUCGCUCUAUUCUCAUUAGCGGAAUAUACAUCUGUUGAUGCGGAAGUUGAUCUAAAGCAUUUGAAAUGUUUAGUUUGUAGAGCAACUCUAGAAGAACUGGAGAAUGAUGUGCUUAAAGCCAAUCCAAAUAAAUUAGUUGAUGUAGGUAAUUUUAGAAUGGAUGCUGAGGGAAAUGUUGUACGUAGGCAGGUUCCAUUAAGCCAAUCAGAGGUACAUAUCUCAAUUUUGCUAGACAGCAUAUGUGCCAAGCUGAACGAUUAUGUGAGAGCAACAAGAAAAUCGGACAAUAAGUUAGUGAUCUUUAAUCUUAUGUCUCCAUCAGGUGGCAUGAAUCCUAUAAUGAGCGAAGUAAACAUAAUUCAAGAUGGUGAUUUAAACAAGAGCCUCGAGCAUUAUUGCAAUGCUAUAGUAAAUGAAUUUGAGGAAGAUAUAGUGUCAUUAUAUGUUGACAGUGUACAAGAUAAGAAAAAUGAAUUUUGUUCAAAGAUGACAGAUAUCUGCAAUGAAAAUUAUAUUGACGAAGAAGAUUACGAUAGCGAUAAUGAUAUUAGUAAUGACUUUUACCUAGAUAGAGAUGAAUUGUAAAUGCAUUUGGAAUAUUUACACAAAUAUUGAUUAUAUGUAAAAGGAGACAAAUUCAGUGAUUUCUAUUUUAUAAAAAAUUCUAUGAAUAAAUAUGUCAUAUUUUAUUAUUAAAUUGCA